CGGAACGAAGGUCUUAUCUAUAAAUUAUUGAAAGCUAAAAAGAUUUUUUAAUAAAAAAUUCUCAAAUUUUACAUUUAGGGUUUCUCCCCCUUUUUAACUUUCGUAAUUCUUGAAAAUUCCUCUCGAUCUUCCCGAGGUUUGAGUGGUGAGGUUGCAUAGUGUAGAAGAGGUAUUUGGAAAUUUUUAAUUGAAGAAGUCUUUUGGCCAGAAUGCUGAGAAAAUAGUUAAAAAGUGCGGAAGUUUUGUGGACAAGGUUUUCUUUCAGACUUCUGAGAGUUUGCAAAGAGAGGAGACAAUGUCAAGUGGCAGAAACACCCACUGGUGUUACAGAUGCAGGAGGCCGUUUAGUCUGAUAGGGGAAGAUGCAGUCUGCCUUUACUGUAGUGGAGGCUUUGUUCAAGAGCUUGAUGAUAUGGUGCAGUUGAGCCCACUGGAUUACUUUGGAUUGGACAAUGACGAACAUGACCAGAGGUUUGGUCUUAUGGAAGCUUUUUCAGCCUUUCUGAGGCAGCGAAUGGCAGAAAGACAUUAUCAUGAUAUCAGGGGUAGAUCUGAUUUAAAUCACCAGCAUGGUCAGGGCUUUGGGCCGUUGUUGAUUUUCGGUGGCCAAAUUCCUGUUAGACUGUCUGGAAAUGGUGGGCUUGAAGCAAUUUUUGGGUCAACUCCAGGAAUUGGUUUUGCACGGGGUAAUACUGGCGAUUAUUUUAUAGGUCCUGGACUGGAAGAACUUUUGGAGCAGCUUUCAGCUAAUGACCGACGGGGCCCUCCCCCUGCAGCCCAAUCUUCAAUCAAUGCCAUGCCCACUGUUAAGAUCUCACAGAGGCAUCUUCGUUCUGAUUCACACUGUCCUGUUUGCAAAGACAAAUUUGAGCUUGGUUCGGAAGCAAGGCAAAUGCCCUGUAACCAUAUAUACCAUUCAGAUUGUAUUGUUCCAUGGCUAGUGCAGCACAAUUCAUGCCCGGUUUGCCGCCAGGAAUUACCACCACAACAAGGGUUGAGUAGCAGUCGCAAUCAAAGCUCAAGUGGUACAAGUCGAAGCAGCAGGUUCAGUGGCAAUGCCAGUGGAAGGGAGAAUCAUGGAAGACGGAAUAUAUUCUCUAAUAUCUGGCCAUUUCGCUCAUCUAGUUCUAGUUCAAACAAUAAUGGAACUGCUGGAAGUAGCUCACCAGCAGUGCAUGAGAAUAACCACCAGAUGGGUUACAGUGGAUGGCCUUUUGACUAAAGCUCUUAUGUUGAAAAAUACAAUUUGCUGCUUGUUCUGAUCAGAACUCAGUGGCUUCCUUCAAUUAUACCAAAUCUUUGAUUAUGAUCAGGAUUGGUUUGAGACAAGAAAUUUACCAGUGUGGUGUGUUUGCUAGAAAUAAUCGAGUGUUCUAUUGUGCAUCUUUAUAUGUAAAUCACUCCUUAUUCUUCUUUGUUGAAUUCCUGUGCCUUUUCAAUUGUAUUUGCCACCCUAUUAUAGGCUUAAAUAAUGUCUUAUUCCUUGUAAUUUUCAAUUUACUUCUACACCCUAAUUUCAUUAA